CACCAAUCAAAGCCAAGUGACAACGAUGGCCCGGAAGCGCAAGCUGCAACGUAUCCAGGAGGUCGGCGCCGAAGUCGAAGCCGCAAUCCUCGAGAAGGGCGAGGCCACCAAGCUGCAGACGUACGACGAUGAGCACCUCUUCGCCGUCGAUACGGCCGGCUCCAAGGCCAAGAAAGCCAAGAAGGAGAAGGAGCCCGGUGUCUGGUCGAGCAAGGUGGUGCCGGCCAAGGCCAAGGCCAUCGAAGAGAAGAUCAAGAAGAUCGCCGCCAAGCCGCAGCCCAAGAAGCAGGCCACGGCGUCGACGAUGGAGAACUUGUGGGGCAGCGAUGGUGCUGCGAUCACGACGACCGCCGCUGAGCGCGCGCUAGACCCGUACGUCGCCCCAGCCCUCAUCAAGAAGAAGGCGGCCCUUGUGCGCAAGGCGUCGACCAAGUACAAGAUCAAGCCCGUCGAAGUCGCGGCCGCUGGUCAAUCGUACCACCCCGAAUUCGAGAGCCAUCAAGACGUGCUCGCCGAGGCCGUUGCCAAGAAGCUCGAGAAGCAGGCUCAGCGCGAAGCCGACCGUGCGCGGAUCAAGAAGGGUCUCUCGGAGGAAACCAAGGCGUUCAUCAACGACAAGGACUCGGACGACGAGGACGCUGCGGAGAACUCGGACGACAACAACUCGGACGACGAGACGGCCGAGGGCGCCCGCAAGCUCAAGGUUCACGAGAAAUACACGCGCAGCGAACGCAACCGCCAAGCGCGCCACAAGAAGCUCACCAAGGAGAUUGAGACGCGCAAGGCCGAGAAGAAGCUGCUCAAGCAGAUCAACACUGUCAACUCGAUCACGGGCGAACUUAACAAGAAGGACAAGCUUGCGCGCAAGCAAAAGGAAGUCAAGAAAUUCCUGCUCGAGAAGAAGCUCGAGGAAGAGCCCGAGAUCCUCAUGGGCGGCAAGAAGCAGAAGCUCAACCGCGACACGCUCGUGACGCUGACCGAAGACCUCAGCGGCAACCUGCGCACGCUCAAGCCCAAGGGCUCGGUGCUCCAGGACCGCUUCGACUCGAUGCUGAAGCGGAAUAUGAUCGAGAUUGGCAAGCCGAAGAAGAAGUCCCAGAAGGCGACCAAGUUUGUCCCCAAGCACAAGUACCGCAACGACGACGAGAUCUAAGCGCGUUAGAAGACUAUGUAUUUGCACAAAUUUCAGUUUGCGUCGAG